ACGAGGUAUGGGCAUUUUGAGUGUGUGGUCAUGCCUUUGGCCUCACCAAUGCCCCGACAAUCUUUCAAGCGGCAAUGACCAAUGAGUUCCGUGCAAUGUUGCACCGGUUCGUGCUGGUCUACUUAGACGAUAUUCUCGUAUAUAGCCGGACAUUGGAGGAUCAUCUUGGGCAUCUUCGACGAGUGUUGGAGACGCUCCACCGCACCAAGUACAAGGCCAACCGCGACAAGUGCGAAUUUGUCCGGCAAGAGCUGGAAUACUUGGGCCAUUUUGUCACACCAGAGGGCAUCAGUCCGCUAUUGGACAAGAUUCAAGCCAUCCAAGAGUGGUCGGAGCCACGGAACCUUACGGAUGUCCGUUCGUUCCUUGGCCUUGCCGGCUACUACCAACGUUUUAUCAAGGGAUACUCGAAGAUCGCGGCCCACUUGACCAAGCUUCAAUGUGAGGAUCGGCCGUUUGACUUCGGAGAGGAUGCGCGGGAAUCAUUUUUGGCUCUCAAAGCCGCACUAUUAUCUGCGGAGGUCUUGCGCAUAUACGACCCGCUAUUGCCAACUACGGAUGCGUCCGGCUAUGGCAUUGGUGUCGUCCUCGAUCAACACAUUGGCGUGGACUGGCACCCAGUCGAGUACUUCAGCAAGAAAGUGCCCGUCGUGCAUUCCGUUGAUGAUGCACGCAAGAAGGAGCUCCUCACCUUCGUCCACGCACUCAAGCAGUGGCAGCACUUCCUCCUUGGUCGAAGUCAAUUCCGAUGGGUGGCGGACAACAAUCCGCUGGUCUUCUACAGGACCCAAGACACCGUCAAUAGCACCAUGGCGCGUUGGAUGGCUUUCAUUGACCAAUUCGACUUCUUCCCCGAUCACAUUCUCGGGAAGUCGAACCGUUUUGCGGAUGCUCUUUCACGGCAUCCGGAUCAUUGUACAACGGUUUAUUCAACCUUCGAGAUCGACGCUGACCUGCGGGACAGCUUCAUCCGCGGGUACCAAGCCAACCCCGAGUUUUGCGACAAGUACGCGAAUUGCUCCUCUCCCAAUCCGGCGCCUUCUCACUACCGGAUCCAAGAGGGGUACUUGAUUGUCCACACACGGGGGAAGGACCUUCUUUGCGUACCCAGUGACCCUCACUUGCGUACACGGCUUCUUGGCGAGUUCCACGACACUCCCGCCACCGGACACUUUGGAGUCAAUCCCACGAUUGGCCGACUUCGCGAGCGAUUUUGGUGGCACGUCCUUCUCGGCGACGUCACACGCUAUUGCGAGUCAUGCGGGGUUUGCCGACGUUGCAAAUCCCGCAACCAUCGUCCGUACGACGAGUUGCGACCGUUACCGGUCCCCUUGCGGUGAAGGGACGCGAUUGCCAUGGACAUUACCGGCCCGUUCCCCAAGCACAAGA